ACGAUACUUGCGUGCACGCUCGGCAGCCUGGACCCCUGUGCGCAAUCUAAUAUAAUAUACAUUUUUUAGUUUUUCUUUUUUUUUCGUACUUAUUUAUGUUUUAAUGUUUUCCAAAUCCGCGAAUUACUAGCUCUUUCCGAAUACCGUAGACCUUGCGUCGCCCGGUUGAACGCUCUUCGUCGACCUCCGUCGUUGCCGUAGCCGCAGCUCUUACGAUCAUUUUGCAUCCGCCGCAGUUUCGAGUCCGCGCGACGCGUUCGGCAGCAGCCCUCGGACGACCACACGGGAACAUCAGGCGAUGAACAAGGACACGAACAGGCGGAUAUUGGCGAUUCAGGCGAAAAAGAAACGGCGUAAAUUGCCGAAGAAGCCGCAUGAAGACCGCAAGACCACUGUGCCCUCAGCGCCGAGCCACAAGGGAUCGGAUAAGUCCAAGUCCCAUACGAAUCAGAGGGACAGCGAUUCUUCGUCAAAUGAGUCUGACGAGGGCACGGACGAGAUGUACGCGUCUGACGAGGAAGAGCAAGAAGAGUCUAGCGACUAUUGCAAAGGUGGCUAUCACCCAGUCCAAAUAGGAGAUGUAUUUCAAAACAGAUAUCAUGUGUUAAGAAAACUUGGAUGGGGCCAUUUUUCAACUGUUUGGCUAUGUUGGGAUUUUACAGACAAGCGUUAUGUUGCUCUUAAAGUAGUAAAAAGUGCAUCUCAUUUUACUGAAACUGCUUUAGAUGAAAUAAAACUUUUAAAAAGUGUUCGUGAUUCUGAUACUAGUGAUAAAAAACGGGAACGAGUAGUCAUGUUAUUGAAUGAUUUUAAAAUUAGCGGUGUCAAUGGUAAUCACAUAUGCAUGGUAUUUGAAGUACUUGGUCAUAAUUUGUUAAAGUUGAUUAUUAAAAGUGAUUACUCAGGUAUACCAAUACAAAAUGUUAAGAGUAUUAUACAACAAGUACUUGAGGGCUUAGAUUAUUUACAUACAAAAUGUAACAUAAUACACACUGACAUUAAGCCAGAGAAUGUAUUAAUAUGUGUCGAUGAAAAAUAUAUAAAAAAUUUGGCUAAAGAGGCCGCUGAAAUUCAUCAAACUGGACAGAAAUUACCUGUAUCAUUUAGCAGCACUGCACCCAAAAGCAAUCUCAAUAAACCUAAUUUGACAAAAAAUCAGAAGAAAAAAAUGAAGAAAAAAGUCAAACGACAAUCAGAACUUCUGAAAGUGCAUAUGCAACAAUUACAAGAACUAGAGUCCAAACAAAAUGAAGAAUGUAGUGAUGAACAUAAUAAAGAUGAUGUUAAAACCACAGAAGAACCAUUAACAGUAGAUACGAAUGCUAGUGAAUCUCUAUCUAAUGGUUAUAGCAGUGACAGUAAUAAUCCAAAUGUGGCAAACUCUCCACCUUAUGAAUCUAAUACAGAGAAUGAUCAUAAUUCAGAUGAAACUAGUACAAUACACGAAAAUGGAACUGGUGAAUCUAGUAAAAACAUUAAACCUUCAUCUAAAAAACGGGCAUAUAGAAGUAAAUCUCGUGAUGAUCCCUCGGAAGAUCCAGCAUUUAAUAUAUGUGAUAUCAAUGUUAAAGUAGCCGACCUUGGUAAUGCAUGUUGGAUAGAUCGUCAUUUCACCGAAGAUAUUCAAACUAGACAGUAUCGUUCUUUAGAAGUAUUAAUUGGAGCCGGAUAUGGUAUAUCAUCAGAUAUAUGGAGUGUUGCAUGCAUGGCAUUUGAAUUGGCAACUGGCGAUUAUUUGUUUGAACCACAUUCAGGUGAGGCUUAUUCCCGUGACGAAGAUCAUAUUGCUCAUAUUAUAGAGUUGUUGGGAAAGAUUCCAAAAAAAGUUAUUGAUGGAGGAAAGCAGUCACCGCAGUUUUUCAAUAAACGUGGAGAGUUACGCAACAUAAGUAGUUUGAAGCCAUGGUUUCUGUAUGAUGUGCUAAGAGAAAAGUACAAAUGGCCUGAAUGUGAUGCUAAGGCAUUCACUGGUUUUCUACUACCAAUGUUAGAGUUUGAUCAAAAUGCUAGAGCUACAGCUGCUCAGUGUUUACAACACGAAUGGUUAAAAUGUUGAUUAUACUUCUGCUGUUAACAUUUACUUGGUAAGAAUUGAAAUAUAUUUUUAUUUUGUAGUACAACUUUAUGUUUGUAUUUUCUAAUAAAGCCACAACAAAAUAUGAAUUUUAUAUCAUGUAAAUAAGUAUUAAAUAUAUAUUUUUUAGAGUAAUAAUACGUAUAAUAAUAAUAUUAAAAUAGUCAUUUCAAACAUAAUUUAUGCAAAAUAUUUUUAGCAACAUUUGUAUGUUUGAAUGGUUUAUUUGUAGUAAAAAAACAGAUUUUAUAUAGUAUGUUUUUAAGCAAACAAAUAAUUCCAAUAAUUUAUUAAACAGUCAUGUUAUUAAUGAAUGUAAAUAACUGAAAUUCAUGUUUAUUAUUUUCCUUUUUUCUUUAAACAUUGCUUUAAAUUAAUUAGUCAAAGAAUUAGGUUUAAUAUGAUAUUAUUUUAAAUUUACUUGUAACAACAAGUUUGUCACCCACUGCAUCAUUAUUUUUUUUUUUUACAAUGAACAAUCAUUUUGGUUUUUAUUCCAAAAGUAAUUUGUUUUUUUUUACCUUGAAACUCUACAAUGAGUUUUUUUUUAUUAAAUUUUGUUCCUAUUCACUCCAAUGGUUAACACAUUUAGUCAAUAACAUACUUAAGCUACUUAAUUAUGCAUCCCAUAAUGAUUUCCCAAUUCCUAUAUUAUAUAUUUUUUAGGGAAUGAAGUUAUUUUGUGUAUAAAA